AUGAAGAAGCAGAAGCAGACUCAUGUGGACCUGCUCGAAGAGGACGAGAAGAAGAAGAAGGAGAAGGAAAAAGAAAAGGAGGAGGAGGAGGAGGAGCGUGAGAGCAGCAUGUUCAGUGCUGACACGAGCGCGGCGGAAGACGCCAAAUGGAGUGGGGACUCGGAUGAAGAGCACAACGGCAGCGAAAGCGAGGACGAGGACGAAGAAGAGAAAGCGGAGAGUAGCUCCAUGACCCAACGUCCCAUCCUACGCGAAGUUGUCGUGACCCCGCGCGACGAAGACCUGCCGCGCAUCGACUUCGACAUGGUCAAGGACGGCCAGCUCGACAAGCUCAAGGAGUUCAUCCUCGCCUCGUUUCAAGCAGGACAGCAACCACGGCCGCACCAGUGGGAGGCCGUGUUCAAGAUCGUGCAGGACCUGCUGCAGCCCGUGGAGAACCUCGAGUCGGAGGCCAUGAAAAACUUCCUGCUGCAGCACUCUACCGGCAGCGGCAAGAGCCUCACCAUCGCGUGCUUGACCUAUUGCCUCUACCUCCUGCGGGACAUCUGGAAUAGCAGCCAAUUCAAGUACAACAAAAUAGUUGUAAUGAACGACAGGAAAAUAUUGGACGAGCAGCUGGGCGACACGGUGCUGGACUUUCUGUCGGCCAACGGCAUCGGCGAUGUGCAGCGGAGUAAGUCCUCGGACCACCUAGCUGCGCUGAUGCUGGCCGAUCGCCCCAGAGUGAUCAUCACCACCAUGCAAAAGUUCAUCAAACUAGGCAAGGUCGACAUGGACGAGGACAAGCAAAAGACCAUCGCCAUCAUCGCCGACGAAGCCCACCGCUCCCAUGGGCGAAAGAGCACUCGCACCAUGCACGAGUUCUUGACGGGCUUCUCUCGGCAGUCGAACCGUCUCUCGUAUUUUAGCUUCACGUGCACCCCCAACUUCAAGGCGCUCGAGAUGUUCGGCGUGCGCAAUGCCAACGGAGCCUACGAGCCUUUCCACUCCUACAGCAUCGAGCACUGCAUCAGGGACGGCUAUGUGCUCAAUCCGCUGUUGAACUACAAGAGCGUCGGCAUCUACGCCAAGCUGACGCACCAGAAGAAGGAAGAGAAGUCCUUCGAAGAAGGCCAAGAUGCCACGUACCACCUGGUCAAGAGCGCGGCGGAUGACCGCGUGCUGCUCCGGGAGAAGGCCAAGUACAUCGUCCAGCACUUCCUGGAGGUGCUCGAGACGAAGACCACGCCCACGUUUCGGCCCAAGGCCAUGCUCAUUGCCAGCAGUCGCAAGCACAUCAUGUGGUACAAAGAAGAGAUCGAGAAGCUGCUGCCCGACAUUCCUCGCGACAAGCGUUUCGGCGUGGUGGCGGCCUUUACCCAGUUCCUCUAUGACGGCAAGCGGUUGGUGAAGGAGACCGACGUGGCGGUGAACGGCAAGUACGCCAAGGACAUCGUCAAGUUCUUCAAGGACCCGGCCUCAAGCGUGAAGCUCAUCAUCGUGGCCGACAAGUUCCAGACCGGAUUCGAUGAGCCCAUGCUCCACACGCUGUACGUAGACAAGCGUCUACGCGGCUCCAACGCCGUACAGACCAUUGGGAGGGCGAACAGAGCGGCGCCGGGCAAGACGGAUACGUGCAUUGUAGAUUUUGUGAAUAGUCGAAAAGACAUCGGCCAGGCGUUCGCCCUCUAUUGGAAGAUCACGACCCUCAAGUGCCAUGCCAACCGCACUCCGCAGGAGGCCAAGCUUGACCGAGUCUCGACACGGCUGCUGCAAGUGCCCGGGCUCGAGCAGAAGUCGCUGCAGACAUGUAUGGACCAUAUUACGAUCGAGGAUGCCCUGCGAAUGAAGGCCCAGAACAGGGACCGGCUGAUCGAAGACGACCUGCGCCAGUAUCUGGCGCUGUGCGAUCGUCUGCAGGUGGAGAACGCGCGGAUUCCCUAUUCGUUCAUCCGCCGCCUUCUGCAGGAGCUGGCCCAAUUGCGCCAUCGACGCAAGAUCAACACCUUCCAAGCGCUCCUCGACAACGUCACCAUCACCAUCGAGAAGAUCGAAGAGGAAAAGGGCGCCAUAUUUCUGGGGCCGGACGGGCAGGUGCUGCAGAUGCCCUCCGACGAGACAGCCAGGAAGCGAUUUGUCAGGCAGGAGACGAUGACGUCGGACCAGAUCGUGGAGGCGUCCAACCACGAGUACCAUCGGCGGGUGAGCAACAUGUGGGGCGACCCCAAGCCGUCCGACGACCCGGCCGACGUACCCGAGAUCGACAAGAACACACUCGAGUUCGCCCAAUCGAUCUGGGCCUCGCGGCGGCGGGCCUCCGGGUCGGAGCCACCGCCGACGGAGGCGGAGAAGAAGCGGGCCAAGGAGCGGAGGCUGGUGGUGUCGCGCGACGCCUACAGUGUGCUCGACCGUGAGGAGUUCGCCCGCCGCGGACGGCUGCCGCAAGCCACCCGACCCGCUGCUCGGGACCGCACACCCUCACCCCCGCUGCACUUAUCAUUUUCAUCAUCUUCUUCAUCAUCUUCAUCAUCAUCUUCAUCUUCAUCUUCAUCUUCUUCAUCUUCAUCAUUAUCCUCUUCAUCUUCAUCAUCAGCCCUUCCUUUUAGUCUAUUGCCGACUCCGAUUUUAUCUUCAUCGACGGCUGCCGCGGCUCAGCGGUUGACGUCGUCAGAGCCCGCCCUGCCCUUCGCUUCGUCAUCAUCGUCAUCAUCGUCGCCAUCGUCAUCAUCAUUAACUUCACUAUCGACAUCGACAUCAACUUCCUCAUCGCCUUUGCGCAUGUCUUCGGGCGAUGACGAGCGCUCUUUGCGACGGACGCGAGAGCGUCGACCGCCGCCCCUGCGCCACCUGAUCCAGCUCCUCUCCUCCGCCACGUGCGACGACAAGGACCGUCGAAAGGCUCUCCGCGCCAUGCGGGACCACGUCACCCUCGAGGAGAGCUGGGCGGUGGUGCGGGACCUGGACGGGCUGCGGCCGCUCGUCGAGCUGAUCACCAACCGGGAGCGCAGCGCCCUGGAGGACAUCUCCAGCAACCUCUCCGAGCGCGGCUGGGCCAUCGCCGCCCUGAGCGAGCUCGCCCGCGACGAGCAAAACAGGGAGGUGAUGCGGGAGCUGCAGGGGAUCGCGCCGCUGCUGCGGCUCUUGUCGCCCGCGAGCCAGACCCCGCCCUACAUCCAGGAGCUCGCGCUCAAGGCCCUUCGCAACAUCUGCCUCGACAACGGGGCCAACCAGCGGCUGGUGCGGGAGCAGGGCGGUCUGCCCGACGUACUCGCUCUCCUCCUGCAGACCGACAACCAUCACCUCCAGCUCGAGGCCGCCGGCACCCUCUCGGUCCUCUCACACGAUGCGGAGGCCUGCGUGUGGUUGAAGGAGCACGCCACGACCCUGCGGCAGCUGCUCGAGUCGCCGAUCACGCCGCAGCACCAGCCCCAGCUGCUGGCCAGUCUCUUCCACAUCGUCAAGCGGCUUUGCCAGAUCGAUGUCAAUUUCCGCAAGCAGUCGAUGAAGGACGAGGCCCUAUGGCAUCUGACCAACCGACACGCACACGCGCUCCUGGAGAGUCUGGCGAGCGAGGCGCAAUCGCUGCGUUCGUUCCUCGAUCCGGCCAACUUCAACCACUUCCUGCCGAGCAAGCGCUUCGUGCCCAACCUCCAGCGAAGCAGGAACGAGAUCACCGGCGAACUCAUAGAGGGCUCGUCGUCGCCGUCGUCAUCAACCGCAUCAGCCUCCUCGUCAUCGCACAACGGCCCGGAUGGGCACGCAGGUCUACGGCGCAGUCGUUCGUCCAGCGUGCGGGAGCCGUCCGCUUCGCACAAAAGGAAACGCGAGAACGCACCGGAGAGCGGUGGUGCGCCCGCAGCACCGCCUUGUCCCGCCCCCGAACCCGACAUCACUGGCGCCGCCGCCGCCGCAUUCGCGCGAGCCGGGCGGCCUGGACCGCCGGCGCAUGUUCUGGUGCGGCGGAUGCGGUCGAACUCGGCGCCCAUCGUCAAGCCUCAGCGCCCUCACCAGCAGGCCUUCAAGAGAACUCGGACCGACGAAGCAGCGUCCAGCACCACAGGCGCGGCGGAGCAGGGACAGGCAGCCAAUCCAAUUUUGUCGUAA